AUGCCCCCACCCCCACCUCCACCAUUACUAUCAUACAGCGAGGGAACAGCGGCACACCUUGUGCAGUAUCCAGUCUCACAGGAAUACCAUUGGCCAUGGGCCAUGGCACACUCUGCCACAGCUGUCAAGGGGAUACCCAGUACACCCUUCCCCAUGCCACCCCCUCCUCCACCAAGGCCUCCUCCCUUCCUUGCCCCACCCCCUCCACCACCUCUGUUUCCAUAUGGUCACGCGAUGCCCACAGCAGCAAGGCCCCAUGAAGGUUUGAGCCACGCAGCCGCAAGCACACCAGGGAGCAACUCCACUGCUGGGCGGCUCGGCAGGACGUCAGAUCAUGGUCGAUCUUCAACACCACAGGCCAAUGGGUUCCCCAUCCACACUUCCUCAGGAGAGCACUUGGUUGGCAGCCACACAGACGAUGGCCACCUGCAUGGCCUUCUGUUGGCUUGGUACUGGGCAGGUUACCAAGCUGGCAUAUACUCAGCACACCGCCUACCCAGACCGCCAAGUGGCUGA